GGUGAUACAGUUUGGCACAUAAGGCUGGCUUACGCCAAAGACAUGAGACUUAAGCGAGCUCGAGAGGAGGGAGAGCCUUGCCAGUGGAGUUAGAGGGCGUCGACGGGAACCAUUGAAUUGAAGUGGUUCUCGACGCAAAAUGCCAAACAUGUAUCUGUUAUUCUUUUUGUCGCGACUGCGCGUCGAGGGGCGGAGCAAGACGCCUGAAAUUGUGCUGAAAUACAAAGCGGAUGGGCACGAAGGCGUCGACUUCCCCGAGAAGUCUCUCAAUGACUUUUGUUACCCGCUGGGAGCAGAAUCAGUGCAGCCUAAAGAGGUGCAGGCAUCGGAGGAGUACACGUUCACGCUGACGCACAGCGAUGGUGCUAAGCGGUACACGGGCUUCUGCCGCCAAAUUUUUCCGCCUCCUCCGCGAGUUGGCAGCAAAGCACGCUACCCCCAGGUCCUCUGCAUCGUCGCAGAGGACCCAUGGUGUAACUUCUUCUUUAAGGUCCUCCAAGUCGCGGAGCAGAUCCUGAAGACUUAUGAGGGGCUGCUCGGCAGCACCUGCAAGGAGUUGCCAUUGGACUCGCAGCUGGGGGUGUUUAUUACAGACCUUCGCAAGCAGCUGGCCACGAGCCCUGUGCCGGGGGAAGUGCUGCGGGUGCUGGUGCCCAACCUGCACGGCCUGACGGGCCUUAGCCCACCGCGAUACAUGGGCUCGGGCACCGUGGGCGACGCGCUCACAUGGGCGGACGACCGCAUCGAGCUGCAGGUGCCGCCCGACUGCGGCAACGGGCUGGGCAACUCGGGCAUCCCGCUGGCUCGGCUGCUGUUCCAUGUGCCGCCCAGUGGCAUGCUGACGCUCAUCGCCAGCCUGCUGCUGGAGCGGCGCAUCCUGUUCGUGGCGCGGUCGCGGGACACGGUCACGGCGGCGGUGCAGGCGGCGCAGGCGCUCAUUUACCCCUUCAAGUGGCACCACAUCUACUUGCCCAUCCUUCCACGCGGGAUGGUGGACUACCUGUGCGCGCCCAUGCCCUUCCUGGUGGGCCUGCCCUCCGACAUGCUGCCGCUCAUCCGCCACAUCCCCAUGUCGGAGGUGACCACCGUGGACCUGGACCUGCAGCGCGUCAUCCCGCCCGGGGGCGACGGCGGCGUGGCAGGCAGCGGCGUGGCCGGGGCCGUGGCCGCGGCGGCGGCUGGGGAUGAUGGGAGGCUGCUGCCGUACGGGCGGCAGCUGGCGGCGGCACUGGAGGCGGUGUUCAAGACGGUGCGCAGCCCCACCGAGUACGAAAGCAGCCACCUCAUCACGGGUGUGAUGCAGGAGUACUUUGUGCGGCUGUUCGGCUCCUACCGCCGCUACAUUCAUGACCAGGCCAUGGAGCCGCUGCUGCGCCCCAUGCAAUCGGUGUCGGCGGCGCCGGGGGGCCCCGGCCACUGGCGUGGGCACGGCCGCGACAGCAACUCACGCGCCGCGCGCGAGAGCAGCCGGGUGGGCGGCUUUGGCGGCGGCCCUGACAUCACCGCGUCGCCCUCGGCGCUGCUGGGGCGCGUGCACGACGACAUGUUGCGCGGGUUCGGGUAUUACUUUGACCAGCCCGCGUUCGUAGCGCACAGGCGCAGCGAGGCGGUGCGGGUGUUCCUGGCGGCCAUGCGGCACAGCCAGAUGUAUCAGAUGUUCAUCCAGGAGCGGCUGGAGAUGGUGGCGUGCGGCCUGGUGCAGCUGGCGCCGGCGCACGGCUCGGGGCCCGGCCCCGCCAGCCAGAGCUUCUCCUACGGCCCGGCGAGUGGCAGCCGCCCGCGUGCUAUUGGCAGCUCCAACGCGCUGAGCGCCGGUGGCAUGACCAAGAGCAGCAGCGCCAACAACUUGACGAUGAUGGAGCGGGCGAGCUCUUUGCAGGGUCCGGUCACGAGCGGCGGCGGCGCGGCCAGCAACCUGCAGCUGGCGAAGCUGCCCGGGGUGCAGGAGCACGGCGGCGCCAGCACCGAUGAGGGCGUGCCCUGGGAAGGUGUGCGUUCCGUGUCGGGCAGCUGCACCACGCCAAAGCUGGACUCGUUUGAGGAGCGCGUGCAGAACUACCCGGAGCAGCGUCGGCGCAUGCGCGAGCGGCUCCGGGCAGCAAUUGCGGAGGCGGCGCCUACCGGCGGCGCCGGGUUGGGCAGCGCGGGGCGGCUUGCGAACAAACUGCGGCGGCACCGGCGGACGGACAGCGAGGACCUAUACUCGGUGCAGCACCAGCAGAUGGUGGCUGCUGCAGCGAUGCAGCAGCAGCAGGCCCAGCACCACGCCGGCGGCUCGUUGCACGGCGGCGAGAGCAUGCGGCGAAUAACCACUUACCCGGGCAUCAUCGAGGUGUCCACGCCGACCGUGAAGGAGCCCUCCAGCUUCUUCGCGGAGUGGGACCUGCACGAGGACGAGGACGAGGAGUCGGCCAGCCCCAGCCCCAGCCCGCGGGAGCGUGACAACGGCCACAUGCGCAGCUGGAGCAACAACAGCCUGCAGUCCGCAGAUUCGGGCGAAGUCUCUUCCCACUGGACGACAGGCGGCCUUGCCUGGGCAGGCGCGCAGGGCUCCGGGCCGGGCGCCAUCGCCGGCUACGCCGCGGGCGGGCGUGGGGGCGGCCCGUUGGGCAGUAGCAUGUCGGUGUCGCUUGCAAGCGGCCCAGGCGGGCCUGGCGUUCGCGACCGCACCUCGGACGCGGCGCGGGAUGGCACACCCCUACGGAAGCUGUCCGUGCCUGCGCUCAUCAACAGCAGCAAGUCCGCGUACAUGUCGCUGAAGGGCAUGCCGUCGGUGGACUCGACCGGAGGGGACGGGAGGACCGCGGCACAGGCCGCUGGCGCGGCCGCGGCCGGCGGCAACGCCGCCGCGGCCGGCGGGGCAGCUGGCGCCGCAGGCCCCUCGGGCACCCGCAUGGCCGCAUUCGGCAGCUUGUUCAGCGUGGGCAGCGGCGGCAUGGACGACAGCGUGGCGGUGAUGGAGGUGAAGGGCAACGUGCAGGUCAAGACGCUGACGGACGGCCACCGCGUGUACGACGGCUCGCUGAAAGACAUCAUGCGCCUAGCCGCCACAGAAGCCAAGAACGGACUGCUCAACAGCCUGCACACCCUAGCAUCGCCGCGCAACUCCCCGCGCAAGGACACCGGGCCGGCAGGGGUAGGCGCAGCGGCGGGCGCGGCGGGCGGCGCGGAGCGCAGCUCACGCUCCGUACUUGUGCAGCAGCGACAGCUAGCAGCAUCCAUGGCGGCGGCGGCAGCAGCGCAGCAGCACCAGGCGCAGCAGAUGCAGGCAGGCCACCUGCAUGGCGGGCAGAGCAUAGGUUUGAGCCCGCUGCACAAUGCGUCACAGCAGGCGCCGCCGUACAGCGGGAGCAUCUCCGCAGGACAGGUGCCGCUGCCUGAGAUGGGGCGUGGCGCCGCAGCAGCACCUGGGCCGCACACAGAGCCGGGCGCAGACGGGUUGCCGCCGCGCGGCCAUGCAGCGAGCGUGCCCGUGGCCUCGAGCAGCAGUAUGGGCGCCGGCGGCGCUGCGGCGCCUAAGCACGAGGAGGGCCCGCACCGCUUCUCCUCGUUCCUGUCUGGCCUCAAAGACAAGGUGGCGGGUGCGGGCAACAAGGCCCUGGGCAUCCUGCCCACGCCUGCCUACAAGCCGCAGACCACGGGCGAGAAGGCCGCCAAGUUCAAGGCGCAGCUGUUGGGCAGCGGCGUAGCCAGCCUGCUGGCUGGCGCUGACGGCAAACUCAAGCAGCCGCACGCACCGCAGCGGCCACUGGGUCUGGGCACCAACAGCCAGACCUCCGCCGCCACGCCGUGGGCUGCCGCCAGCAACCCCAGCUAUAGCAGCACCAGCUACAGCGGCGUCGGCUACCCCGCAGGUGGGCCUUUGGCGCCACCGCCCACGCCCGGGUGGUCUGUGGCUCAAACGCCCUCUGCAUCUCCCGCGGCGCCGUGCACACCGCCAGACGCGUUGCAUGGCGGCGCCUCGCCGCCACGCUACCCGCGGACGCAGUCUUUAGACCUGCCGACGCGACAAGCGGCCAGCUCGGGCACGGCCGGGCCAGGGGCUUUGGACAACGGCACGCCCAACAUGCCGUCAUACCGCACGAGCGCGUCGCAGCUGCCCCUCGAGUGGGAUCCUUUCGGGACAGGGCCGCCGCAGCCCAGCACCAGCACCGCCUCGUCCGCGGCUGCUGUGGCCCAUGCAGCAGCGCCUGCUGGCCUGAACGGCGCCGCCGCCGCGGUUGCAGCCACCACUGCGGUAGGGUCGCGCUCGACGUCGCCUUUCGCCGCCGCAGCGCAUGUGGAGCUGCGGGCGAGCGGUGCGGGGGGGAGUUCGGCCGGCGGCGCCUCCGCCGCCACGGCCGGGGACGCCGCCAUUGGGGACUUGCUGGGACUGACCAACUCCCUGGUUGCGGUGUCGAGUACCACAAGCAGCUGUGCCGUGCCGGCGGCGCAGCCCAGUGCGAUGGGCUCGGGGCCGUGUGACCCCUUUGCUGUGCCAGCCGACGCGGCUGCGCCCAAGAGCGCGGCGGCGCACUCACAGCGGCCGGUCGCGGUGUUGGAGUCGGCUGGCAGCAACGAUUUUGCGGCGUUCGCCUCAGCAACAAGCCCGCAUGAAUACCCGCCGUUUGGACAGGCGUCAAUUUUGGGUUGACCAGAUGUGGGGUGAGCCUGAGUGAGUGCAUUCCAACGAGGCGAACUGGUAACCCUCGCCCCAAGUGUGACCCGGGUUUCUGGUGCAUACGUCAGACAGGGUAGAUGCUAGCAUGGUACAUCCCUGCGUCUGCCAAAGUGCAGUGCAGCUUGACGUCGCCGGCAAGGCUAUGGCAGCUGCCCAGGAGCUAGACUAACCGUGUGGGGUCUGUGUGCUUGACAAUAUCGACAUGCAACCGUAUGCCAGUGUCUUGGAGGUGAUGAAGCAUGUGUAUAGAUAGUAUGGGCAAUUCGCCAUAUCGGCACAUCGCCAUACAGCGUGCUCGAGUGCUGUGCAGCUCUAGGGCUUCAGUGCUCUAGGUGGUUACUGUCCUGCGGCUUCUUCCACUACUGCGUCCUGAUCCACUCCGAAGCCCUAUUCUUCCAUGCGGCGGUUAGGCUGGCCGGGCGGAUGCUUUGCAGGCGUGCAGGGUACAUUGAUACGGCGAGCCAGGUUCAUAUCCAAGAACGUAGGGAAUAACGUCCCGCUGUCAGGUGGCGAGGGCGGACUGUAGGUGGGGGAAUAUGGGAAUGCGUGUCGGUCGAGUGCAAGUCCGAGAUGAAGGACGCGGGCUUAUAAAGCACCUCGCUGCUUAUGUGGAUAAGGCAGAAAUGUAAAGCUUGGCCGAG